AUGUUCCAAGGCAGCCAUAAAGUCCUAGAAUCAGUGCCUUAUGGAAAGCUGCUACACAAACUAGAAGAACAAGCAGAAGCAGCCAGGAGCAGCCAGGAGCAGCCAGGAGCAGCCAAGAACAGGCAGCAGCAGCCAAGAACAGGCAGGAGCAGCCAAGAACAGGCAGGAGCAGCCAAGAACAGGCAGGAGCAGCCAAGAACAGCCAGGAGCAGCCAAGAACAGGCAGGAGCAGCCAAGAACAGGCAGGAGCAGCCAAGAACAGCCAGGAGCAGCCAAGAACAGCCAGGAGCAGCCAAGAACAGUCAGGAGCAGCCAAGAACAGCCAGGAGCAGCCAAGAACAGGCAGGAGCAGCCAAGAACAGGCAGGAGCAGCCAAGAACAGGCAGGAGCAGCCAAGAACAGGCAGGAGCAGCCAAGAACAGCCAGGAGCAGCCAAGAACAGGCAAGAUCAGCCAAGAACAGCCAGGAGCAGCCAAGAACAGGCAGGAGCAGCCAAGAACAGGCAGGAGCAGCCAAGAACAGCCAGGAGCAGCCAAGAACAGGCAGGAGCAGCCAAACAGAGGAGCAGCCAGAACAGAGGAGCAGCCAAGAACAGCCAGGAGCAGCCAAGAACAGCCAGGAGCAGCCAAGAACAGUCAGGAGCAGCCAAGAACAGUCAGGAGCAGCCAAGAACAGUCAGGAGCAGCCAAGAACAGUCAGGAGCAGCCAAGAACAGUCAGGAGCAGCCAAGAACAGUCAGGAGCAGCCAAGAACAGCCAGGAGCAGCCAAGAACAGUCAGGAGCAGCCAAGAACAGCCAGGAGCAGCCAAGAACAGCCAGGAGCAGCCAAGAACAGCCAGGAGCAGCCAAGAACAGCCAGGAGCAGCCAAGAACAGCCAGGAGCAGCCAAGAACAGUCAGGAGCAGCCAAGAACAGUCAGGAGCAGCCAAGAACAGUCAGGAGCAGCCAAGAACAGUCAGGAGCAGCCAAGAACAGUCAGAAGCAGCCAAGAACAGCCAGGAGCAGCCAAGAACAGUCAGGAGCAGCCAAGAACAGUCAGAAGCAGCCAAGAACAGGCAGGAGCAGCCAAGAACAGUCAGGAGCAGCCAAGAACAGUCAGGAGCAGCCAAGAACAGUCAGGAGCAGCCAAGAACAGUCAGGAGCAGCCAAGAACAGCCAGGAGCAGCCAAGAACAGUCAGGAGCAGCCAAGAACAGUCAGAAGCAGCCAAGAACAGCCAGGCGCAGCCAAGAACAGGCAGGAGCAGCCAAGAAGAGGCAAGAGUGACCACAAGAAUAUGUAA